AUGACCGCGGAAGAGGCCGGCGACUCAGUGAUCGAAGAAGUUUCGCGAGAAUGCGGCAAGUAUCUUUCCCACACGCCGAUUAAAAUGGAAAGCCUGAUUGUUGAAAGCAAGCAGCAACUAACUGCUAGCGAGAAACGUAUCGCUAAACGUCAGUACGAAAGCGAGAAGAACACUAACGGGGGCUACGCAUGUGGCCGUGGACGACCGCGAAUGGAGCAUCGCCCUAUCGCGCAUGUUCGACCGUUCCAAUCUGGAAACUCUCCUCACGGUCAUUCGAAUAUGCCUCCUGGAAUGGGAUCUCAUCAUCACAGCACCGCAGGCAUUCCAUCUUGGAGACACGCUGCUAUGAACUUAGCGCGUCAAGGCACUCCGCCUUUCAAUCAUCAGAACAGUCCGAGCUCUUUAAUCGGCGGCCUUCCUUUUGGCUCCAAUCCUCUUCUCUCGCCUCGUCAUUCAAGCUCUCCGGGAUGCGACGGAUCUUCGAUACAAUCCAUGUCUCGCGAAACCGUUUCCUUCGGUCCUUCGAUUCCUAAUGAAGAGCAAAACUUCCUCAACGAUUUCCCAGUUCGCGGAAGCUCUUCGUCGCAAAACGGAUCGUCCUCAAAUGCAGUAAUUCCCCCUCCAUCUGACCCCCUCCCGUUCCCCAGCUUGCUGGGCAAUAACUUCAACCAGCCGAGACUAGACAACGUCUCCAGCAUCAUGCAGUUUCUCAAGGAUGGCUACAGUAGCUCCGCUGCGCUAGACUUGCAGCGUCAUCGUGAACGAACGAGUUUGAACUUGUCGAGCAUCAUUCCUCAAGCUCCACCGGGCGGCACCAUCGACAUCAUCGAUUCCGAUUAG